AUGAGCCGUGAUCUUGGAGCUCUAAAGCCUGAAGACGCGCGGAGGAGCGCCACACACCCCGUACACACACUCCAGCCGCCAAACGAGCAAAGCAGCCGCGGAGGAAAGGACAAGCAUCUGUACCGCUCCUCCACCACGUCAGCACACCCGCACGACCCGCGCACACACCGCGCAAAGACCGCGCACACGCCGCGCUUACGCCGCCGUCAGUCUGCGCGACACACAUCGGGGAUUUUAAUCGUGUGGAGCGGACCGAGGCGCGCUCCGUGGCACUGCGACAGUGUGCCCUCCUGGACACCGACUCUGUGGAUUGUACCGCGGUGUCGCCUCUUCAGAUCCGCGGCUGUGGCUCCGGUACUGCGGCUCUGCUCGUCGCUUCUGUUGCGUCGCCGCUCGGACUCCGGAAAAGAUUUCCUUCGACUAACCUGGAAUCUUCCCCCUAGCGAGCCUCAUCGACCUCAGCACAACUGGAAGAACUGGAAUGUAACCUUCAGUUUUGGAUUUUGGGAUCAUUUUCUGAGAUGGAAACUGCGAUUUUCUGGGAUCAUUUUUGGAAUGCGAAAGAAUCCCAUACCUCUUCAGAUGAAGCGCUUUGAGAGAAGAGUCCUUUAAACACAUUUUAGAUGAACAAUAAGUUCUGAAAAGGUUUAUAAUAGACUGUUUGAAGGCACCAGGAGCAGCUGUAGGUUCAUAUUCAGUCUUUUGUGAGUAAUUAUUUGGAUAAUUCUGGUUGAUGUUUGCGUUUGGAGUUGAACACCUGAAAGGCAUUAGAGACAAACUCAUUAAGAGAGAAGAGCCAACAGCUGCAUGGUUCAGCCCAGGCUUAAGACUGGAGCCAUGAUAUUUAGGAACACAACAAUAUGAAAUUACAUGAGAUUGUGUGAGGUUAUUUGACGUGUUUCUCAUUUUUUAUUUUUUUUAUUUUAAGUCUAUAGAUUUGAAAAUGUAGAAUUCAGAAUACACAAAUAUGCUAAAAUGGAAGCUUAUACAUAAUAAUUAGUUAGCAAAAGAUGCAUGCAAUUUGGACUGACCAAAUCUGCAGGAAAAAUUGUUUUUUAAAAAGAUUUUGAGACAUUCCCUUAUAAUUUCCCAAAAUGCAAUGCAGAAUAGUGUAAUUAUGCUUAGUUUGU